UCUUUGCGCCUGUGCACAAGCUGCGGGGGCCGCCCGAGCUACCGCCGCCCCUGCAGCAGCUCUAUCUAUGGUCUCUCACUAGAGCUUUGCCGUUGUGGGUAGCUGCUGCGGCUGUGUUCGCCCCGCGCGGCAGUGACAUGGAGGAAUUCGAUUCCGAAGACUUCUCCACCUCGGAGGAGGACGAAGACUACGUGCCAUCUGGUGGAGAGUAUAGUGAAGAUGAUGUAAAUGAAUUAGUGAAGGAAGAUGAAGUGGAUGGUGAAGAGCAGACACAGAAAACCAAAGAGAAAAAAAGAAAGUCUCAGAGCAUUCCGGCCAGGAAGAGAAAACAAGGUGGCCUCUCAUUAGAAGAAGAGGACGAGGAGGAUGCCAAUGAGGAAUCUGGAGGAAGUAGUAGUGAGGAGGAAGAUGGAGCUGCAGAGCCAGAAAAAGGCAUUGAGUCAGAGGAUGCAAAGAAAAAGAAGGAAGAUGAACUAUGGGCCAGCUUCCUCAAUGACGUAGGACCACAAUCAAAAGUGCCUCUGCGUACACAAGUUAAAAGAAGAGAGGAAGCUGAAGAGACAAGUUCAAGUAAAUUGUUGGUCAAAGCAGAAGAGCUAGAGAAACCUAAAGAAACAGAAAAAGUUAAAAUUACCAAGGUGUUUGAUUUUGCUGGUGAAGAAGUCAGGGUGACUAAGGAAGUGGAUGCUACAUCUAAAGAAGCCAAAUCCUUCUUCAAGCAAAAUGAGAAAGAAAAACCCCAGGCUAAUGUCCCUUCAGCUCUGCCAUCACUUCCUGCCGGAUCAGGGUUAAAAAGAUCGAGUGGCAUGAGCAGCCUUCUGGGGAAAAUAGGAGCCAAGAAGCAGAAGAUGAGCACCCUAGAGAAGUCCAAGCUGGACUGGGAGAGCUUCAAGGAGGAGGAGGGCAUUGGCGAAGAACUAGCCAUCCACAAUCGGGGAAAGGAGGGGUACAUUGAACGGAAAGCUUUUCUAGACCGAGUGGAUCACAGGCAGUUUGAAAUCGAGCGAGAUCUCAGGCUGAGCAAAAUGAAACCCUGAUGUGAUGAGGAACCUACAGCAGCUUAAUCCUGUUUACAACGUGAGCUUUUUGUGCGUCUUUGAAAUGUUUCCCGUGUUUCCCAUUGACUGUUUCCCAGCAAGGUCUUUUUUUCUACAUUGAAUUUCUGUCUUUGUAUCUUGAUCUCAUGUGAUUUCAUUCAUUUUACUUUUAAUAGUUUGUCUUUUAAAAAAUAAAAAUAAAAAAGUACAGGUUGGUCCUGUGAGAGGCUGGUGAAGAUGACAGCACUCACCUUUCCUUUGUUCUGCUACAAAGUCCACCAGGCCAAGCCAGCACCUCCCAGGCCUGUCCUGGCCACCAUGGUGGAGAGAGUGACCAGCCUGCACACACGUGAACCCCCAGAGGCUGUAGGGCUCCCUGUGAAGAGGCUCGCCAGUGUUGGUGGAACACCAAGUCCCCGGGCAGCUCUGUUCUCAGUUCCACUCCUGCUUCUCUCCUGAUCUCUUUCUCUCUCCUGAAUGGGAUUCCUAUUUGCUGGUAUAAUGUGAGGCUGAAAAUAAGGAUACACUAUUACUGCAUUAGGGACUUUUCUUUUCCUUCAGCCAUUUUCAUGUUCUCAAAGUCAACUUCACGUGUGCUCUCACCUCAGUAAUGCUUUAAUUUUUGGUUUGUCAAAGAAGACUCCAAAGGACUUUUUUUUUUUAACUCUUUAGGAAAAUUUAAAUUCCAAACUUCAUAUUAAUAAAGCAGUAAACAGGACAUCCUGCCCCUGUGGGCUGGUGGUGGGGAUGUCCUGAGUAACACGGACAGGUUUGGGGGAGGUAGGGUUCCAAAGACUGGAAUUCAGAAUCCUGCCUGGACAUCUACCAGCUCUGUGACCUUGAGCACAGUUCAGCUUUCUGAACCUUCAUUUUCUGGUCUGUAAGUGGCCUGAGUAAUACCAGAACCUCACAGGGUCGAGAUGAGCCAGUGACAUGUGCAGGGAACAUGCACAGGUCUCCCCCUCCAGUCCUCUAAUAUGUGGGCAGAACCUCAUGCAACCAAGACCUGAUUGUCAGCCCUGCAUGGCCGUGAGGUUAUGACCCUCAUUACUCACUGAGGCCAGGUCGGGCUGAUUAAGGUGUGUGCAUCUUCAGUUGAGAAUCAUCUUUUCUGUCAGAGUCUUCUUUGAACCAUAGCCCACAGUUUUUAAGAACAGGUGGAUAAUAUUUUAUCUAGCUCUUCACAUCCACAUUUAGUGAAAACUAAUCUGCCUGACUCCCAAAGGAAGUGACAUCUCUUUAUCUAGGAGUCGGGAAUUGCCAAGGAAAAUGUUUGCAGGAAGUGGGGGCCUGAGUCAGCGCCGGGAGGCAGCUCGGUAGCCCUUUGCCGGGCACCGUGCGCCUCCCUUGUCCGUGGCAUGGAUGACUGAGGAGGGCAGCCAAGGAUACUUCCUGCUGGUCUGUGGAGUCCAGAGAAUCCCUGAGAGAUGAGUUUCCUGGCCUUGCUCCUGCCAUCAGUCUUUGUCUUCUUGUCCCAGAUAAACGCAUCACAUUUCCAGAGCAUCUGUUACCUUCCCAUUACUGAAAAAAACUGCCCUAUAACAGCAUAAGGUCAAAGAAUAAAAACAGCCUUCUCUAUGUGUUCUGUUCACCUAUUUCCCAAGGAACACAGUCCUCUAAUUAGGAGCGCUGCAUGAGGUCCCUAGGGGAGAAAGGCCGCAUUAAGAGCUAAGUCUUGAGUGAGGCGUGCGCCACUGGGGCUGAGGAGGGGAACAGGACUAGGAGCCCAGGGCCCGAUUUCAUGAGAACUGACAGGUCCAGCAGGCCAGCUGGUAGCUGCUGCUGCAGGAGGGUGCAGAAAACCUCCCUAGAGAAGAGUGGCGUGAUGGUGCUGCUGAUAGCCAGGCAGGGACCAGGAAGGCCAGGUGACAGGGCUCUCCAGGUGCUGUGCUGCCUCUUGGCCUCAGCAGGACAGAGGAGGUGUGUGCGGCGUGGCUCUCUGGAGUGCGUCUUCUUCUGGUAUUUGGUAUCAGUCUUUAGCCAGAACUGGAAUUACUCAGGCAUGUUGGGUAAGAGUCCAUGACUCUUUUUUUUUUUUAAUUACCAAAAAACCAGUAAACAGAUAGGAAUUGGUGUAAGAUGGCGGACUCCUGGGGAAGGAUUCAGAAGCUCUUAGCUUCAUCAAUAAAUGAUGCAGUGGUUCCAUGUGCCUGGUGCUUCCUCACAAGUUAUCUGACCAGAAGAGGAAACUUGCCUGAGGUCAGACUGCGAAACUGCCAGCGGUCACACCUGUGUCUUAUGCCUAGAGGACAGAAGGCGGGGGGCCCUGCCGGCGAGAUGAAACAGCCUCUCUUCGCCUUCUGGAUCCCAGCUCCUAGUUGGAGGAUUCACGUUGGAGAGGAAAGAUUUGAGUGCGAGGGGACAGAGCAGCCGAAGAUGAAGCGAUGCUUCCAGUUGAGGAGAAUGGCAGCUGGCGCACGCCGGUGCCACAAGCUUGUGUCAGAAGUACACCAGAGGCUUGGGCACACUGGCUUCAGCUUCCAGUCCUUUGUGCCGUGGGGCGGCGUCUGAACCUCUCUGUGGGGAAGAGUGUGCUGCCUCACCUAGACACACUCGGGCCUUGGGCAGACAAGCCGGUGGGGAGGCAUAAGCCCUGCCCCAGAACCAAGUUUCUGUGCUACACGGUGUAGGCAGUGUUGCCCUCUCCUCUUUGGGAUGCUGCCUGGUUUCAGCGAGUGAGGGGAGGAGGGGCUGGUGCCCAGGUGACAGUACCUCGGAGAGUCGGGGUAUCUUAAAUGCCAUCCCACUGCACCUCCUUCCUUGGGCACACAGGUGUACCCAGGGUUCCUGCUUCAGGCCUUCCUGCGAAGUCUUUCCUUUUUUUCUGCAGCUUUUUUUUCAUGCCCUCUUAAGGCAACUUAGAUCCAACAGGACCACCAGAUGCAAUCUUUGUGCACACGAAGUUGACCACAGAGGGAGAGUGGGCUGUGGAAGUCUGGAAGAUUCCACCCUGGUUCCCUGCGGCCUGGACUUGCCCAGUCCCCAGAGACUCUCCUUUCCAGAGCCCCUCUCCAUGGUCUGCCGGUGAGCUUUCAUUGUUGUACCCUCAGAAAGCUGAUGGUGUAGACAGAUCUCCGCUCAGGUAAGGGACAAGGUGGCUGUGUCAGGGAGGGAAGGGAGAAAUGUAACAUGAGGAGAACACUGGCAACAUCUUACAGUGGGUUUGGCGUCCUGCCUCUAACCUUAGAUUGUAGCCCUGCCAUCCGGGUUGAGUCCCUCCCUCUGUGUCUCAGAUUCCUUGUCUUCAAAAGGUUUCUGAGAAUGCUUAAUAAUCCUGCUCUGCCUACCUCACAGUAUUUUGUUAAAUGAAAUACAUUAUCCAAGUGUUAAGUUACUCUAAUUAAAUUGCACACUAAAGGCUCCCAGCUCCCCAAGACAGCCAGGCUUCUGUGAGUAUAAAUUAGCACCGCCUUGAAGAACACUUUGGCGAUGUCUCAUGAAUCUGGAGCUGCACUCGGCCUGUGACACAGCAGCUCUGCUCUUGGCUUGACAUCCUAGAGAAGCACCAGCAUGUGCACAAGGAGGCAGGCUCAUUGGUGAUAGUAAAAACCUGGAAACCACCCAGUGCCCAUCAGGAGAAGGGGCCAAUUGUGAAAUAGCCACACAGUGGAGUACAGUACAGCAGUGAAACGACUGGGCCAGGGCUACAUGCCUCAACACAGAUGAACCUCUUAAGCAGCAUUGAUGCAAGACACCUAACGUACAGUCCCAGUUAUACAAGUUCAAAAGCAUGCGAACGUAGAGGUGAUGGUUGCCCAACAUUGUGAAUGCAGUAAAUGCCACUGAAUUGUACACUUUAAAAUGGUUAAUUUUAUGUUAUGUGAAUUUCACCUCAAUAAAAUUUUUAAAACAUGAGAAA